GAGGUCAUUCCAGUGUCCUGGAUUUUGUUGAUUUGAAUUGCAUGCAUGGGCCCUGCCUGGGUAUGACAAACAGUGCGCACCGCUGUUUCCGCUCAUUGUUUUGCGUACUUGCUCUCAAAUGAGAUUUCAUUCCUUAUUCAUUUUUAAAUCGUACAUACGUGAAGACCUUUAUUCGUAAACUCAUAUAUUAAAUUAAUAUUCAUUAUAUAUUGAAUAAACUCAAACGUUACUUUGUGUCUGCACUAUGGCUAACUAUAAAUCACAAGUGUUUCUCUUAUUGGUCGUCUUCGGGCGAUAUUUUGUUUGCUCUGGUGAUUUUUAUGAUAGUUCUGUAAUGCCGCGAGUUGCAAUUUCGAUUUUAGCUCGGAAUAAAGUUAAUAGUUUACCGUAUUUCUUGACCAGUCUUAGGCUUUUGGAUUACCCAAAAGAGCGCAUUGACCUUUGGAUCCACACUGAAAAUAAUUACGAUGAGACGGAAGAAAUUCUGCACAAAUGGGCUGAAAAAUAUAAGAAUUUGUACCAUUCAUUUCACUUGUUCUCGCAAGUGUCGUCGGAGCCCCAGGAAGGAGACAACGAAGUGAAAGUUUUCUGGGAUACGGUUCAAUACAAGCACGUCUCGAAGCUGAGAGAAGAGGCGCUGAACUACGCUAGGGACAUCCGGGCCGACUACCUGUUUAUGUUGGAUGCGGACGUUAUCCUCACGGAACCGGCGACUUUAAAGAUUCUCGUCGGUCGCAAAUACAAAAUUGUGGCUCCAAUGCUCAUUUCGGAUGGACUGUAUUCAAACUUCUGGGCUGGCGAGUCGAAGGACUACUCCUACGAGGAUUCCUCUUACUUUAUGAAGUUCUUUAAAAGAGAAGUACUUUAUCUCGGAUGUCACAACGUACCGGCGGUACACUCCGCGGUGCUGAUCUCGCUAACAAACGAGUCGUCCGAUUAUCUCACCUACUAUCCUGUAGAGCAUUCGGACUAUAUGGACUACGGCGACGACGUCACAAACUUCGCAGCGAGCGCGCACCGCACUGGUACCAAGAUAAAACUGUGCAACGAUCAGUUGUUUGGCUUCACCACAAUGCCGAACAUCGACAACGAUCCGAUGAAAGAAACGCAAAGAUUUAUCAACUUGAAAGUGGACGCAUUGGGUCACGAAGUCGAGUUCCCGCUUGACACCGAUCUGAAGAAGUACGUGACGUACCCGAAGUGGUCCAAGUUCGGAUGUGACAUGGUAUACAUGAUAAAUCUCGACCGACGGCCGAUGCGGAGGAAGCUGAUGCUGAUGACCUUCAAAGAACUCGGAAUAGAAGUGAAAAGGUUACCCGCUGUGGAUGGAUUAAGACUAAACCUGACCACGCUUCGACGCUUGAAUGUGAAAUUUAUGCCUGGUUAUGAAGACCCCUACCACAAGAGACCAAUGAAAGCGGGCGAAAUAGGAUGUUUCCUGAGCCACUACAACAUCUGGAAAAAGAUCGUUAACAGGAAAUACUCUUUGACCAUGAUUCUCGAAGACGACGUGCGUUUCUCGCCGAACUUCCGCGACACCUACCGUAAAAUGUUGUCUGAAGUUAGAAAGCUCGAUUUUGACCUUAUCUACUUAGGAAGGAAGAUACUUAUGGAGGGCGCUGAGGAACAAGUCACUCCUCAUACGACUCGGCCGCGUUACUCGUACUGGACUGUGGGAUACUUGCUGACCAACAGGGGAGCUAAGAAGCUUCUCGAUGCCAACCCUCUUCAGAACAUGUUACCGGUCGACGAGUUCCUUCCGAUCAUGUUCGACCAGCACCCGAAUACGACCUGGAAAUCUUACUUCCCGAACCGCGACCUCGUAGCUCUCUCCGCGCAGCCGCUCCUGGUCCAGCCUACGCUCUACACCGGCAUGCCGGGCUACGUCAGCGACACGGAGUUGUCCUCGGUCAUCAACACCAGGACCUUCUCCUUGCGGAAAGAUCUGUGACGCGAUAUCGAAACUGGAUUCACUGAUAUAUCUUUUAAAUAAAUAUUCUGCGAUGACUGCGACGGACGAUGACUAUGGCUAUGGCUAUGGCUAUGAUACUCCCUGUUAGGAGUACGUAUUUUAAGAAAGGCAUAAAGCAAAGGAUCCGAUUUACUGUAAGCUAAAUAUUGUACGUUACCGUGCCAUUCGAAGGGGAGCAAGUCGUAACUUUUAACUUCUAGGUGUGUACAUGUAAGUUAUCCCACCGUAAGGUUCUGGCGAUAAGCGAAGCGCGCAGAGCUCGAGCGUUGAACAUAUCGUUACAGUGAUUUCUAAUCAACGAGAACUGUCUCUUUAAAUUGAUCCUUCGUUUUAACAUUGUUAUAACUUUUGACUUUUACAAAAGAAUACCAAAAACCACAUCAAUUAUAUAUUAAGAUUUAAAAUCUUUGUAAUACCAUCUAUUUCUAUUUUAA